GCGGAGCGCAAAAAAAAGGAAGAGGCACAGAAGGAAAGAAACAAGAAAAGGCGCCAAAAACGACGAGAAGAAAAAGAGAGCAACGACCCGCAGGCGCCGGCUCCGCCGCCCCGGCCGUUGCCCACCGUCUUCUCCUCAGUGAAGCAUUUUCUGGCGAUGCCGCUCACGCUGCUCCUGCUCCCCAUUGUUUUCUUUGUUUGCGCAGACGCUGCGGGCUUGUCCCUAGAGGACUGCCGUGCUAGGGGCUUGGUGCCAUACCCCCGGGGCAGCUCGGGAAUUGGUGAGAUCUGGCAGAUCGUGAAUUACCACGAAGUGCAGUGGGGCAUGCUGCCCCGGCAGAUUGCCAACUUGAUUGGCCUCAUCAUCAUUGUCACUUUUGGCUCCUCCCUUGACGUGGCAGCCAUCCAGGCAGAGCUGCCCACACGCAAGCUGGACUACAACAAAGAACUGACCGCCAUUGGUUGGGGCAACCUCUGCAGUAGCUUUGUGUGUGGUGCCACCGGGUCCUACAUCUUCUCCCAGACGAUUUUCAGCGCCAAGCGUUCGGUCAAGAGUCGCUUUAACGGCUUCGUCGUGGCCAUCGGGGAGUUUCUGCUCUUCGGGCUGCCGGUGGACAUCCUGAAAGUCCUGCCCAAUGACGAGGAGGUGGACGCCGAACUGACUGUAUCGGGCUUAGCAACAGAAUACUGGAAAGAGAAUGCGUCCAUGAGCAGUGGAGAAGAAGACGGCUCCAAAGAACUGUCUGAAAUGCAGU